CGGAUGUUCCUAAUUGCAAUAUCAACAAUAAUGGACGGUUGAGUUCAUGGCUUAUAAUUAAACUUGUCCAAAAAAAUGAAAGGGAAAUUGGUGUGUUUUGCGACGUGGAUGCCAAGUAGGAUUGUAGGCGAGAGGAUGAUGUUUCAAGGAAGCUAGAGGGACUAUAUCAACGAUGGCUGACUCAAAAUGCAGCCUCCCAGAGGCUUGGAAGAAUGGUGAAUUGACGGCGGACGCAAUCGGUCGACGACAUGAACGUCUACUUCCCGACGUUCAAGACCUUGAAAAUGACUUAGAAGCGGUUGGAAAAUCUAUCGAAGUCUACAUAGAUGCUUUGAACAACUACUGUAGCGCCGGGUGCCGCGUUUCUGCCACGUUUGCGAAGCUUUUGGGCGAUACAACGUUGGCGAAGAUAUCGCAGCAAUUUGAGCAAGUAACCGACAAACUUGAGCACACCGCUUUGAACGACUGUAGCGCGGAUAUAAACAGUUUUGUUCUUACAACUUUAUCCCAAUUCACGGCGACUUUGCCCGCUGUUAAACAAGAAAUAGGUGACUACAAACGCUGUAAGACGCGGCAUGAGAAAUGCCAGGAAUCUUUGGAAAGUUUUGCCAAAAAGGAUCUAGCUGCGUCCGAAGGGAAAGGCUUUAAACAAGCAAAAGAAAGAUUUUAUACGGCGGACAGAGAUUACACGGGGAAACAAGAAGAACUAAGUCAAUGUUUAAGUUCACUAGAAGGCAACAGAAUCAAGAUGAUAGGAGCUAGUCUCUUAUCACUGUUGCACACCAUAGCACAAUUCAAUGGUGACAUGUCGACCAUGUUGGCACCUCUGGGAGAAUACCAGUCAGUUGGUGAUUACCUGCGGGACAGGGAGAUUGCACCACAGCUGAAGGAAGCGACCACAACAUGGUGCUCACUUGCCCAGAGCUAUCAAAGUAUUCGGGUCAAUGAACUGCCUGGUGAAGAUGCUUAUAACCUGCUCAAACUUAAGAAAGGAGAGGAACUAUCUUCAUCUCAACAGCAUGAACUUGAACAACAUGUGAAAGCAUUACUGGAGGACUAUAAAAAGGAUGUGGCGUCUGUUGACGAUGGCCCUGUCACAGUCCCUGGUGGCUUUUUCAAGAACCCUGCUGGAAUCAGGGUGGCCUUGAAGGGUUGCUGCUCAAGAUUAGAAUCACUCGCUAUAGAUGGUGUAAAUCUGUGUCCCUCGUACAAUGAAAUGGUUGCCACAUUGCAGCAGGAAGUACCCAAAGUUCAGCUGGCUGUUGCUUCAGUUGGCAAACCAUGGCACAAAGUUGCAAAUCUCGAAGGAUCAGACGUUGUCCGAUCAAGACAGCACUGUCUGAAGAAUCUCAUUGAACCACUGGCAAAACAGUUUGACAUUCCGUUUACAAAGGAGAGCUUUUCCAGUUUCACUUUGACAGUUUUGCACGAAGCCUGCUCGGAGAAAACCAUUCUCGCCUCAAAAAUUGCGGCCCAGUUGCUGUAUGGAAAGAUUGAUCUGGUCGUGAUUGAGUUGUCACCAGAGUCAGCCAGGAACCGUAAUGUUCGUCUUCAUUGUAAAGAAAAUGGUGUGAAUAUUGAAGUACAAUUGACGUGGUGGGUUAAAAGUGAUCCAUCUUUAUUUUCUGGUAUAUUGGAAGACGAGAAUAACCAGCCACUGUUUGAAAUCAAUACAACAUACUCUACAGUGAUUGAUUACAUGGAUUAUCUUGAGGAAAAGGAGUCUCGGCUACCUGUGAUAACGGUGGAGUAUCGCAGUCUUGCUGAACCAGAUACAAGCCAACUUCAAACCACCUGCAACGUUCCUGUCGCUCCACCAAGAUCCAAGCAUUAUGCGCGGAAAUACGCUGCACGGAAAAAGAAGAGUGAACUGGAUGGUUUAAUAUCUCGUAGUGUCAAUGGCGGGAUAUCUCAGAGGAAGAAGUCGCCGCACCGCGAUGCUGAUCAAGGUACAUUGAUGUCCCUGGCAUCAGAGACCGAGCUAAGUGACGUCAUCAACUUCCUCUCGGGAUUACGACCACGUGGUGGUAACCCUGACGACGGCGACACAGAGUCCGUGUGCAGUGCUAUGGCGAUGUCGGACAGCGGUAUCGAGAGCGUGAACAACGGUAAGCUGGGUGUGGCCGGGGGGAAACUUGGUGGUAGCGGGGACAUUGAGGAACAAACGAAGGGAAAGAAGGGGAAAAAGAAGGACAAGAAUGCUCCGGCGAAAAGCGAGAGUUUUAACAAGAAAAAGAAGAAAAAACGCGGAGAUCGAAAGAAAGAGAAAAAGAAAGCGGCAGCCGCGGCCGCUGCAGCUGAGGAACAGGAGAAGGAAAGAAAGAAAGAAGAUGGAGAUAUGAGUACCAUUGCUGAAGAUUUACAAACGGUGAAAGAAGAGAAUAGUGCAAAAUCUGACAAAGAGGCAGUGAUAAUAAGCGAGAGCUUGAGGAGUGUUUGGGAGCAAAAUGGUAAACAAAAGCACGAUGUGGAAAGCGCUCCUAAGAAUACCCUUUCUCUGCAAGUUUCAAACUUGGAAAACCAAUCGUCGAAACUUUACGGUUCACAGGACAGCGUAUAUUACAGCUGUUGGUCGAUACCAAGCCUCGCGCGUGAUGCUGACGAGUCUGCUGCCAAGGCAACGAAUCAAGAGAUUACGCCAUCCGAGUACACCGGUGCUGCAUGGUCGCAACGAUAUGAACAGAACAGUUCACAGUCGCAACAAAGAAGCAUUUGGAGUCCAUCUCUUCCGCCAUCCACUAUGACUGUCGAAAAUCGAAAGGAGUCAUGGCCACCUUCAUUAAGGCGGCAAGAUUGCGUGGAUGCUGACGACAAUGAUAGAAACCUGAUGGUCGGGGAGUCCGUGUUCUCUCUUGGCUUGGAGGUGACUGGGUUCGAGCUUUUUGCUGCCGCAAAACAAGCAAGUUCCAGUAACUCCAGGUCAACGGAGGAAAGAGGGGAGAGAUUCGGUCACCGACAAACGACUUUUCAAUCUCAAAUGCGACAAACGGUGCCGCGAGGCAAGCCUGCCGCAAGCCAGUUUUCAGAAAGAUCUUCAUCCUACGGAGAGGGACUUCAUCAUCUCCCUCAACACGAGCCAAUGAGACUACACACACACCAUAGUGAUCCAUUCUUAGCCAAGAACAUCCCAUGGAAUCAAGGAGUACCACCGAUGUAUAUGAAACUCCGCUAUAAUCCUAACCUCGUUGCGCCUUACCCCAGCGAAGAGAUGCCGCCGGGGGGGUACGGCCCCCCUCCCCAAUCUGGGAGGGGGGCGCGAGCUCUUCAUAAACAAGGACCGAACCAGUUAGAUCGGCGAAGAGCGAAUCCUCAGUUUUAUGCUCCACCCAGGGCUGGCCCCAUGUGAUAACUGGAUGGACGCUGGUCUGUCUUAGUAAAGAACUAAUUAACAUUAUCAGAGAUAAGAUUAUACAGCAUUUGCAGAAAUUUACCAAUAUAUAAUUAAAAUAAUAGAAAUUUGUAUCUUGCCUGGUAUUCAAAUAGUGAUUUUUAUUGUCAGAGAAAUGAAAUAUAAAACUGUGACCUUUAACAUCCAAUGACGAUGUUGAGGGGUAUAAUGAAGUAUUGAUUGGAAUAUAAGAGGAUAGAGAAGGGUAUGAGAAAAACAGUAUGUAAAGAACAAGUUUAUAUAUUUA